AGGAGGAGGAGGAGGAGGGUGAAGAAAUAGGCAGGUGGCAUUGGAAGCGUUGCCAUGAGCUCCCACCCGCGCCGCAUCCGCCUGAAGCCCUGGCUGGUGGCCCAAGUGGACAGCGGUCAGUUCCCGGGCUUGCACUGGGUGGACACCGAGCGGAAGCGCUUCUGCAUCCCCUGGCGCCACGCCACGCGACACAUCCCCGCCCAGGACGACGAGAACACCAUCUUCAAGGCAUGGGCCAAGGAGACGGGGAAGUUCAACGAAGGGCUGGACGAGCCGGACCCGGCCAAGUGGAAGGCCAACCUGCGCUGCGCCCUGAACAAGAGCCGCGAGUUCGGCCUCAUCUACGACGGCACCAAGGACACCCCCUUGCAGCCCUACAAGAUCUACGAGGUCUGCGAGGCCCCGACCCAGCCGUCCAAUGGAGACUCCUAUAUUGGAGACGACCAAGCCUACUGUGAAGAUGAGGAAGUGCUGCCCAAAAUAAUGCCGAAGCUGAGUAUUGCAGAUCCAUCCCACAGCGUGGAGCCGCUGCCUCCGUAUCCGUGGCUGAAGCAGGAGACCCUCUUCUCCCAGAGCUGCGGAAAUGGGUCCUUCGCCCACCUGCCGCCCCCCGAGGCCCCGGCCGUGGCCCCUCCGCUGCCGGACCCCUUCGCCGUAGCCGAGACCGGCGGGCCCAACUUCACCGAACCCGCCGGAGCCAUGCCGCCACUGCCGCCGCCGGCAAUUCCACCCGGAGCCAUUGAGCCGUUGCCCACGUUGCCCAUGGAGCACCUGCUGAUCAGCCCACAUAUGUUGCCCCUGACAGACCUGGAGAUCCGCUUCCAGUACCGGGGCCGUUCGGUGGGCUCGCUGACCAUCAGCAACCCGCACGGCUGCCGCCUCUUCUACAGCCACCUGGAGCCCACGCAGGAGCAGGUGGAGCUCUUUGGACCGGUCACGCUGGAGCAGGUGCGCCUGCCGAGCGCGGAGGCCGUCCCGCACGAGAAGCAGCGCUUCUACACGCACCAGCUGCUGGACGUGCUGGACCGCGGCCUCAUCCUGGAGCUGCAGGGCCAGGACAUCUACGCCGUGAGGCUCUGCCAGUGCAAGGUCUUCUGGACGGGGCCCUGCGCCGGACCCCUGGACGGGCCCAACCCCAUCGAGAGGGAGAAGAAGGUCAAGCUCUUCAGCCUCGAGAGCUUCCUCAACGGCCUCAUUAUGUUCCAGAAGGGGCAAAGCACCACUCCCCCUCCCUACGAGAUUUUCUUCUGUUUCGGAGAGGAAUGGCCGGACCGGAAGCCCAAAGAGAAGAAGCUCAUCACCGUCCAAGUGGUUCCGGUGGCGGCCCGGCUCUUGCUGGAGAUGUUCUCCGGGGAGCUCUCCUGGUCGGCCGACAGCGUCCGCCUCCAGAUCUCGCACCCGGACCUCAAGGACCGGAUGGUGGAGCAGUUCAAGGAGCUCCACCAGCUCUGGCAGACCCAGCAGAGCCUCCAGGGCCAGGCAUUGCAGCCACAACCACCACCACCACCACCACCAUUGGAGCAGGAGACCUGGCCCAUGCAGCCAUGAAGGCAUCCAACGGGCAACCAAGUGAGGCAUCGUCACCUUUGCCACAGACGUCUUUGCAAUACCCACAAGGAUUUCUGGACCACUUUGGCCUCCUUCCAUCAAUCUGGGAGAUGCUGGGUCCGUCCCAUUGGGGUGGGGUGGGAUAGGGGGGCAAAGCGAUUGAAACCCACUGCCAUAAAGAAGCACAUUAAUGCUGGGAUUUGCACUGCUGGCAAGGCAUAAUGAUAAUGAAUCUGGACAAUUCAGUGGCCCAAUUCAGAUCCUGAUGGAUGCAUUGCUGGUUUCUAAGACCGAAAGAAGUGUUUUGGUGGCGUGAGAUGGAGAGGCCAGUCGUCCAAAUGCCCUGUCGUUGUGCAUCCCAAAGACAACGGCUUGACCCUUUCAGAGGAUAUUGGGACUUGAAGGACUUUGAGGUUCCUUCUUGAUGGAGGAACAGCUGCAAUGAUGUCCGGAAGAGCCAUUACUCAAUGCCGGAGUGGGAAAUAUGAAACCACGCAACACCCCAGUAUGUGUCCUUCUGGAUAGAAUGGGGCUAUGGCUUAGCAAAAGCCAGUGGAAGGGGAUGCUGGGAGUUGUAGUCCAGCAACAUCCGAAGGGCUGUGUAUCAGGGAAGAAGGGACGUUAGUUUAUCUAGAGGUUGGCUUUUACAAAAGGUGAGGCCUACCUGCCAGAAGCAGCAGAAAAGCCACCGAGAGACUCACCGUUGGCUGAGAAAGGCAUCCAUGGAUGAAGAAGACAUGAAGGUUCUGCCCUUUGGUCCAAACCGACUGCUUUGUGUUAGGAAACAUCAUCAGAGCUAUAAAAGGAAACCUUUUUGGAUUUGGAAAGGCUCCGAACGCGGUCCGAAGGAAGUCAUAAAGAUGCCCACCCAGUUCUGGUGCAAUGGACCAUGGCGAUGUUGCGGUUUGUGGGACUUGGCCCACUUCUGCCAUAGGUCAAGUUUUGAAAUAUGUGGCCUUACCUGGGCACGGCAAGGACUAAUGCUUGGCGAGGAGUAUUUGCCCAGAAUGUAUGUGAGCAACCGAACCUAGCAAAGGUGGAACCGUGCUGCAAUAAAUACAUAUUAUUA